AUGGCUAAAUACUCUCAUGAAUCUACCUUUGAGGCUGCUUGCGAAGACGGCCGCCUACCAGGAGUUACCCUUGUCGCGGCCGAUGUUACGGGCAAGUUCAAGUACAAGAAAGCGUUUAGCAAGUACGCAUACGGGGAGGCAAUCGCUACGGAUAGCGUGAUAUGGAUAGCUUCGUGUACCAAACUCAUGUCAACCGUCGCCGUGAUGCAGCGAGUUGAACAAGGGAAGAUCAGCUUAGACGAGGAUGUUGGGAGGAUACUCCCGGAACUCAACGACCUCAAGGUCCUGGCCGGAUUCGAUGGAGAAAGGAAGCUAGAAUAUGAAGGAAGACUCCUCCUCACACAUAGCUCUGGACUUACUGCACCGAUGUUUGAUCCCAAACUUCAACAGCUGGCACAAUUCAGGGGCCCUCCUGAAAAGCCCCUCGAUCCUGUCGUGACUGAGUUUUCUGAGCCUUUAGCUGGUAAACUCGUUGAACGGAUCUCCGACGUUUCUCUCGAAGAGUAUAUGCGCGUUCAUAUAUGGGGUCCGCUGGACAUGCAGCACGUGUCCUUCUAUCCUGACUCUAUCUCGGAGGUGAAGGCACGUAAAAUAGGGAUGAGCGGUAAGGAUGAAAACGGAAAGCUAGUUCCUAUUGACACCAUAAGAACGUUCGGCGAAAAGAAAGAUAUAUAUGGAGGCGGAGCGGGUUUUGGGUCUGCGAAGAGUUACGUGAAGCUCCUACAGACCCUAUGCGCAAACGACGGCAACGCUCUGAAGAAGACAGUGGAUGAAAUGUUCCGGCCGCAGCCCAGUCCCGAGGCUAAUACGGCCUUCAAAACAAUGAUUUUGGAUUGGGGUCUUGGCGGGGAGAUCGGUACCAGAGAUGAAGUUAGUAGGAGAAAGGCUGGGACUUUGUCGUGGGGCGGCUUGCCGAAUCUGAUCUGGUGGAUCGAUAGAGAGGCCGGUUUCUGCGGUACUCUCUUCAUAAGUGUUAUGCUGAUGGGUGAUGAGCUGGUCAACAAAUUGAUCGCGGAUUUUGAGCUAGCGAUCUAUGAGCGGUAUGAAGAGUUGAAGAAGUAA